GCCAACCAUUCAGAAAAAUCAAUCCUUUUUCAGUUCUUUUACGAUAAUGUCCUUAAAGAUUAGUGACAACCCAAGGGACAAAUGAAUAUUUCACAAUUUCUCCCGCGGUUCUAUAUUUUUGGGGGAUGUCCCGUCCCAAACCAAUUGGCAUCACGUUUCCGACUCUUCGUUUCCUCCUCUCCCCGGUCCCAAUCUCCGCUAAUUUUCUCAGCAACCAAACACCCCCAUUUCUUUCUCUGCCCUUUUUCUUGAAAGUCCAUAGCUAAUGAUGAAGAUAAAAUGUGGGUCAUAGACUCUCUAAAGAAACAGUCCUUUUUUUUCAGAAUUUAUUGAAAAAUCUGUGGUGGCUCUGAUUUUCCCUCUCUUUCUCUACUCUGUUUUUAUGCAAGUUUCUGUUUGGUUUCCCAGAAAAUCUCAGGGAAAAGGAAGGGAAAGAAGGUGCAAGUUUACACACUGUUAAUAAUUGUUGGCUGAUUCGAAGAGAACCAUUAUCUGUAUCUCGCAGAAAGUUUUAGCCUUGCAGGUACACUUCUAUUGAAAUUUUAGAGACUGUAAAUUUGAUGGGUGGCAUAGGGGUAUUAUUGUCUUUCGCAACCCAACCAAUAACUUGCAGGCUCACCAUAGCUUUUGGUGAUUUCCUAGGAUCCCUCAAGAGUCAAGACCAAUAGGAUCCUCUUCGGAUUCAUUUGGUAUGAUUUUGAAGAUUCCUAAAUCGCGUUCGUUCAUCGUAUAUAGUACGGUUAAUUUUUAUCAGACCUUAUCUGGAAUACGCGAAGGAGACAACUUCUCUCUGAGAUACUUUGAGGACCACAUUCUUGGGGCGUCUUGUAGAACUUUUUGGUGGUAUAUUGACUGUAUUGGAUUUAACUCAAGACUCUUUAGUUCCUUGUCUUUUGCUGGUGCAAAAUGGCUACAAAUACCACAGUUGCAAGUGCAUGUCCAACACCGAUGACAGCAACAUCUAAUGGGGUCUUUCAGGGUGAUAAUCCUCUGGAUUUUGCUCUCCCUCUUGCCAUCUUACAGAUAUGCCUUGUGGUUGCACUUACACGGAUUCUUGCUUAUCUUCUUCGACCACUAAGACAGCCUCGUGUGAUUGCCGAGAUUGUGGGGGGAAUAUUACUUGGCCCUUCAGCUCUUGGUCGCAACAAAGACUAUCUCGAAGCAAUAUUUCCAAACAGAAGUCUCACAGUGUUGGAUACUUUAGCCAAUCUUGGUCUUCUCUUCUUUCUGUUCCUAGUGGGCUUGGAGUUGGAUCCUAAGUCCCUCCGCCGCACUGGAAAGAAGGCUCUAUGCAUUGCACUUGCAGGAAUUACCCUACCUUUUGUUUUAGGAAUUGGUACAUCAUUUGCCCUCAAAGGAACUAUUUCUAAAGGUGUAGAUGGACCACCAUUUCUUGUUUUCAUGGGAGUGGCUCUUUCUAUAACUGCCUUCCCUGUUUUGGCACGUAUUUUGGCUGAGCUCAAGCUUUUAACUACUGAUAUUGGCCGAAUGGCCAUGUCAGCAGCAGCGGUCAAUGAUGUGGCUGCGUGGAUUCUUCUUGCUCUUGCCAUUUCCCUCUCCAGCACUGGCCGUUCUCCCCUGGUUUCCCUAUGGGUUCUCUUAUGUGGGUGUGCUUUUGUCCUCAGUUGUGUAUUUUUUAUUCGACCAAUCUUUAAAUGGAUGGCACAGCGCUGUCCCGAGGGUGAACCAGUAGAAGAAUUGUAUGUAUGUGCUACUUUAGUUGCAGUUUUGGCAGCUGGGUUUGUCACUGAUACUAUUGGAAUUCAUGCCCUAUUUGGAGCAUUUGUGCUCGGAAUUAUUGUCCCAAAGGAAGGGCCAUUUGCUGGCGCUCUUGUUGAAAAAGUUGAGGAUCUCAUAUCUGGUCUGUUCCUCCCGUUGUACUUUGUCUCGAGUGGAUUGAAGACUGAUAUAGCUACAAUUCGGGGAGCUCAGUCAUGGGGCCUCCUCGUUUUGGUCAUUUCAACAGCCUGUUUCGGGAAGAUCAUUGGCACAGUAGCUGUUUCCCUCCUCUGCCGAGUGCCGUUUCAAGAGGCUCUGGCACUCGGGUUCCUCAUGAAUACUAAAGGGUUAGUGGAGCUUAUUGUCCUUAACAUCGGUAGAGACAGAAAGGUUUUGAAUGAUCAAACAUUUGCAAUCAUGGUUCUCAUGGCUAUCUUUACAACCUUCCUUACGACGCCUGUAGUAAUGGCAGUAUACAAGCCAGCUAAAAGAAAGAGUAUAUCUGAUUACAAGUACAGAACUAUUGAAAGGAAAGAUCCAAACACUGAGCUCCGGGUUUUGACCUGUUUCCACGGUACAAGGAACCUCCCCACAAUGAUUAAUCUCAUUGAGGCUUCUCGUGGGACUGAAAAGAAGGAACGUCUUUGUGUCUAUGCAAUGCAUCUUAUGGAGCUUAAUGAGAGAUCUUCUGCGAUUCUGAUGGUUCACAAGGCAAGAAGAAAUGGUCUACCGUUUUGGAACAAGGUGAAGGAUUCAGAUAAUCAUCAAGUAGUUGUGGCUUUUGAAACGUUUGAGCAGCUGAGUCGAGUGGCUAUCCGUCCAAUGAUAGCAAUCUCUUCCGUUUCUAGCAUGCAUGAGGACAUUUGUGCAAUGGCUGAAAGGAAAGGGGCAGCAAUUAUUAUUCUCCCAUUCCACAAGCACCAGAGGUUGGAUGGGGUAUUGGAGACAACCCGAACUGAAUACAGAGGGGUCAAUCGUAGGGUUCUUGAGCAUGCUCCAUGCUCAGUUGGGAUCAUGGUGGACCGUGGCCUUGGUGGAAGCACCCAUGUAUCUGCCAGCAAUGUUUCUUCAAGCAUAGUUGUCCUAUUCUUCGGGGGUAGUGAUGAUCGUGAGGCCCUUGCUUAUGGAAUGCGAAUGGCUGAGCACCCGGGUAACAGUUUAACAGUUGUCCACUUCUUAGCAAGUCCUGAACUUCAGGGGGAAAUAGUCCAAGUGGAUAUAAACGAGGGCUCCAACACUUCAGCAGGGUCAGCGACUGAGAUGUUUCUCGCUGAAUUGAAGCAGAAGAUUUCAAAUAACAGCUCAAUCAAAUAUGAGGAGAGGGCAGUGAGAAAUGCUGCAGAAACUACUGAUUUGAUUCGUGAGUUUAACCGAUGCAAUCUAUUUCUGGUUGGUCGAAGGCCUGAUGGUCAAGUAGCUGCUGCCUUGAAUCUGAAGGGAGACUGUCCGGAGCUGGGGCCUGUAGGUAUCUUGUUAACCUCUCCGGAUUUCACAACUACAGCGUCGGUCUUGGUUAUGCAGCAGUAUCAUGGGCUGGAAGUAGUUCCAGGUUCAGUUGGUUUGUCUAAGGUAGUUGUGUUGCCCGAGGACGAAGAUUCAGAAACCGGCUGAUCAGCUCUCCCAAGCCUGUGUUGGUUUCAUUGUACAGAUGAUGAUGAAAAGUAUGGUUAGAUAAAUGUCUCUCUUUCCCUCCAUUUAAACUGCUUGUUUAUGAAAGGUCAUAAGUUUUAGUUGUCAAUUUGUACUUAUAUAUGGAUGGAUCUGUCACCUGUAUAGAUCAUACCUAAUAGAUGCACCUACCUAAUGCCUAAACACAUAAUACUCUUUGCAAUGCAAGUAUUCUUUGUGCAAUUCCA